AUGACGAUUGACUCUGCUCCCGCCAAGGGCGAGUUGCUAGUCACCGUGGACGAUGGUUCGGAUUCGAGUCCCCCUUCGUACCGCGCGGCGGCGAUCAUGGCCGAGCAACUCGUAUGUGCUUGGAUCUGAGGGCGGCUGCAGAACACGAAUAAACUGAACAGAGUUAGCCUAUUCGAUACCACAGCAACCCAUGAAUAAGAUGACCAUCGCAGGAGCUCGUAACAGCAAGUGAGUCGUCGAAGGACGGCCACGUCGCGUCUCGCCCCUCCCCCCCUAUCCAUUCGGGCUGGGCUUGCUUCACCAGAGUCGCCCGUACUUUCAGAGCUGCAUUUCAAUUGCGCCUCUUGCGGUUUUGCUGAAGUGGUUCCGCGCCCCACUGCAGAUCCGUUCCUAUCGGUCUUGAUGGUCGACGAGCUUGGAGUCAUGGUCUGUGCGCGUGCCAUGAACGACCCGGCCUGUCGCUCGCGGCGUUCUGCUGCCCAUGCUCUCUCUGGGCGACGAACCAUUCGAAGAUCAACCACCUCGCCGAGACGGGUAUGCGUGAGUCACCCCCUCUCAACAAGGCCUUGAUGGUCCUUUCUUGCCAGUGCACUGUCGCUCAUCGUCCCAUUCCUCGGAUCUUCGCUUCAAGCCGAUCCCUCGCCCGAGCGCGUCGGCCUUUGGUGUGCGCUCUACGCCAUCUCACCGAACUUCCUCGGCAUUGGUCAAGUCUUGAUGCAAACCGCUUCGCGCUUCCAAGCGCGCGAGCGUUACGGCGUCCGCGGCAACGUCGUUGAGGACACCCUCAUCGGCGCGUUCCUGCCCUGCUGCUCUCUCGUUCAGGUUCGUUUCUCUGCCAUCUACACCUUUCACCCCUGUGAGCUCUCCGACUGAAGAAUCUUCAUACUUUAUACCAGGAAUAUCGAGAACUCGAAGCCGAGGAAGCUGCCUUGACGCAGACCUCUGCCGCUCCCGAGACCCACUUCCAAGACGAAGAGGAAUCCAUCGCUUCGGGUCCCACCGAAUCCCUCAUCUGA